GGGGCGGUGGCCAGCGGGAGGGAGCAUUAGCGUCGACACCGCACGGCCGCUCACCAGCCUUCGCCCGCAGGUCUGGCGGCGGCGCCGUGGGCCGCGGUGCGGCGGGAGGGAGGAUGGGCACCCAGGGCAGCCCAGUGAAGAGCUACGAUUACCUGCUCAAGUUCCUGCUGGUGGGCGACAGCGACGUGGGCAAGGGCGAGAUCCUGGAGAGCCUUCAGGACGGCGCAGCCGAAUCCCCGUACGCCUACAGCAACGGAAUCGACUAUAAGACUACCACCAUCCUACUGGACGGACGGCGUGUCAAGCUGGAGCUCUGGGACACGUCGGGCCAGGGCAGGUUCUGCACCAUCUUCAGGUCCUACUCCAGGGGAGCGCAGGGAAUCCUCCUGGUGUACGACAUCACCAACCGUUGGUCCUUUGAUGGCAUUGACCGGUGGAUCAAGGAGAUCGAUGAGCAUGCACCUGGUGUUCCCCGUAUCCUGGUUGGGAACCGGCUGCACUUGGCCUUCAAGCGGCAAGUACCAACGGAGCAGGCCCGAGCCUAUGCAGAGAAGAACUGCAUGACCUUCUUCGAAGUCAGCCCCUUGUGCAACUUCAACGUCAUUGAGUCCUUCACUGAGCUCUCCCGUAUUGUCCUCAUGCGGCAUGGCAUGGAGAAGAUCUGGAGGCCCAAUCGAGUCUUCAGCCUACAGGACCUCUGCUGCCGUGCCAUUGUCUCCUGUACCCCUGUGCACCUCAUUGACAAGCUCCCACUACCUGUCACCAUCAAGAGCCACCUCAAGUCCUUUUCCAUGGCCAACGGCAUGAACGCUGUCAUGAUGCACGGCCGCUCCUACUCCCUGGCAAGUGGGGCCGGGGGCAGUGGCAGCAAGGGCAACAGCCUUAAGAGGUCCAAGUCCAUCCGUCCCCCCCAGAGCCCACCUCAGAACUGCUCUCGGAGCAACUGCAAGAUCUCCUAGCGGGACCUGUGGGUUCCUCCUGUUCAGACUCGGGGCUUACGCUGGAGCACUCCUGGCCAGGCGCUAGGCCCUGCUGCGUGCAGGAAGACUUGGCUACACAACCCUGCCUGGGUCUCUCCAGGCUUUCCUCCACAUGUGAGCUAGUGGAAGAGAGGGGCGUGCAGGAGAGAAGAUGCUCCACAGACCAGGCAGCAGGGCUGCUGGUGCUACGGGGACCAGGCCUGAGCCAGUCCUGGACUCCAGGCUGGAAGUGAGCCUGGAUCCCCUUUAUUUAUAUGGAGAACAUUUUACCUGUUUUGUACAUUUUUAAAGGGCUGUCAGGGAAGCCUGGACGCCCCUCAUAGCCACAUCAGCCGUUGGGAAAGCUCAGGAUGUCAGGGAAGGAGGGAUGAAGCAGUGAUGGAGGGUUUCAGCGUGGAAGCCAGAUGAUCUUUGGAUUUAUAAAUACCCUGCCUGGGUGUUGAUGUUGCUCAGAGGCCAGUGGGAGACAGAUGGUCGGGGUGUACUCCGGAUGCUUCCCAGCAGGCUUGGCUCCAGCUUCCGUUUCUGUCAAAAGUGGUCGGUAUGCUGGACAUAGGCAAGGUUUUGUUCCUGAGACCUCCUAGGAGAGGAGAAAGUUGGUGCACCUGGGAACCGCACUUACAUCCCUCCCCAUUGUGCCCUGGCACUUUGGUGAUGUUUACUAUACACUCAGCAUCUCCAGGUUGAGGCUACAAAGCUUUCUGCAGAUUUAAGUGCUUGGUGGCCUCCAGUAUCUGGGCUUUGGGCACAGGGCCUAGGACCUCAG